AAUAGGCCGGCGGUUCUGAGGUGUCGUCUUGGCGAGGCUGCAGUCCGGAGCCAUGCCUUCUGAGGGGAAGUCGUCGAGGAGGAGGACCAAGUCCAAGACCCCGGCCCUGCGGGGGCCCCGUGUCAGGAUGAUAAGCUCUGCUCCCGCGUGCAGCGCGGAAAACCCGGCCGUCGAGUUGCACCCGGGAGGCAGCGUCCCCGGGCUCGAGGAAGGCGCCGCCGCCAUGCCUCAGCUGGGCCGGCAGGCGUCCCUGCGCGGCCUUGGGGCCGAGACUCGCCACUCUCUGUUGAAGAUUUUGGGACACAGGCGCCUCUGGGUGUACCUGAUCUCUUUCUGCGCCUUGCUGGUGCUGUGCUACUUCCUGAGCGCCGGAUAUGUAAAUUCUCUGUCUUCACGUGAAAACAAUGUAUGGAGCAGUGAACAUGCUGAUGGACAGUCUUUGGAAAAAACUUCUGCACAGGAAGCUCUGUUAAAUUUUUUCUUUCCAACAACAUGCAUUCCAAAGCAGAAUCAGGUGGUGAAGGCUUGCAAUGAGCAGGAAGAUUAUAACAAGACUGAAUGUUUGGGAUAUAAAUGCUGUUUUUCAUCCUUCAAGAUCAAUAACGUCAGCUGUUUUGUCCCACUAAAGGAUAAGCCUACACAGAUGUUCCGGAUGUUUGGGCUUGGUGUGAUCGGCAUGAUCAUCCUGGGAUGUCUGCCCAUUUAUUGCUGCUCUCUUUGGCAGAGGAGCAAAUGGGCCAAUCCUUUACGAAGGAGAGUCAACAGAAUUAUAAAGGGUUUGAAGAAACAAAGAAAGAAGCGAAAGAAGAAUGCUGAGGUAUUAGGGACAGCAGCAGAAGAUAGGAAAGAUUAGGUGGUGGAACAAAGCAUUAUUUUCCCACUGAGAAGAAUACAAACCAUUCAGAGCAGAAGAGACUGUCCCAGUCAUCCAAACCUAUUGGAGCAUUUUAGGACAAAAAUUUGUUCUUAUUUUUGUCAUGUUUACUUCCAAAUAUAAAAUAAAGUUGAA